CAUCAGGGCACUGAUGAUCAGUGCCCUGAUGAUCGGUGCCCAGCAGUGCCACCCACCUGUUCUGCCCACCUGUGCCCAGCAGUGCGCCCACCUGUGCCCAGCAGUGCACCCACCUAAGUGCCACCUACCUGUGCCCAGCAGUGCCACCCACAUGUGCCCACCAGUGCCACCCACCUUUGCCCACCAGUGUCACCCACCAGUGCCGCCAGUCAGUGCCCAGUGGUUGUGCCAGUCAUUGCCCAGCAGUUGCGCCAGCCAAUGCCGCCAGUCAGUGCCCAGCACUGAUGCCAGUCAGUGCCACCUAUCAGUGCUGUCUAUCAGUGCCGCCUAUACGCGACACCUCAUU